GUAAAUGAAUAAAAAUGUAAAAUGCCUUCAUCUGCCGCAAACAAUCAUGUCUUCCCGAAUACCACCACGUUUUUAAAAGACACGAAUCUAACAGAACCACACACUGCUGAAGAUCCUGGGAUAUCCUUUUACAUCUAUUAUUAUGGGAUGAUUUGUAUAAUAAUGUGUAUUAACAUAACCGGGAAUACCCUAGUUAUCAGAGCUGUAAUGAGGACUCCCAACCUCCGCACGCCAUGUAAUCAUUACAUUGUGAGCUUGGCUGUUACAGAUUUACUUAUUGGAGUCAUAUAUCCUUUAUACAAUGUUGCUCAUCUAGAACUCGUGCCGGAAGUCAGUCGUGCUUUAGGUCAGUGGGGCGUUUGUCGUUUCUUGGUGAGUGAGGUGCUUGCCUUGAGUACUAGCUGUUCUUAUCAUUUAGUAGCCAUCACGGUUACUCGGUAUGUCGCCAUUUUGUACCCGUUACGGUAUCAUCUCUACUUCACAACCAAAUCCACAAAGUACACCAUUUAUAGUAUCUGGGUCCUAUCCCAUUGUACGUGCAUUUUUAUGUAUACUCUCUACAACCCAGAGAAAUACAUCGGUGUUUGCCGCUAUGAGCUGAUCUUCUCUAUAACACAUUUAAUUAUACUCCUCAUAAUCCAGUAUUUUCUACCUCUCCUAAUCAUGCUAUCUCUAUAUGCUAGAAUCGUCAGAAUUGCAAGACAUCAGGCAAAAGCAAUAGCUCUUCAAGAACGAGUGCUGAGAAAUAAAAGUCAUGCAUUUAAUUUCAUUCGCCGACAAGAACUGAAAUCUACAGUAAUGGUGUCUGUUUUGUUGGGCUUCUACAUAAUUGUAUGGACGCCGAUGAUAAUAUAUCUUUUUUUCUAUAAAAUAACUUGUGUAGAAAAUUGCUUUCAAUCUCCAUUUAUUAGAGCUACUUGUCGAAUUCUUCUGUAUAUGAACUCGGCUGUAAACGUAUUUAUUUACGCUGGCCGACUACCAGAAUUUCGAAAAAGCAUUCAGAAAGAUAUAACAAAGCUACAAAAAUAUUUGUGUUUUUGUAAAUAGCAGUUUUGAAAUGAUUUAAGAAUUGUAAACAUUAAAACUGGUUUUAAAAGAUCUGUCCAUGCCCAUUUAAAAUAAGCUUUAAAAAUACAACUUAUUGGCAAGUGUGUACGAUAUGUGGCUUAAAAAACCGAAAAGAAACUUGUGUUAUUCUUCUUAUUUAAUACAACCCUGUAGAAUUUAUCUAGAUGUGGGAUUGUUAUUUUACAUCUCUCCCUAUUUUGUUUUUUUAAUAUUGAGACACUAACUCUAGCCGAUAAGGCUGUCCAUGCAGUUAGGGAUCUUUUUUUAUGCCAAAAUCUUCUGGGACACGGGGUCUCGCUUUAUUUAGUCUCAUCCAAAGGAACGGUCACCAAAUCCUGCAGGGAUAAACAGGAAUUAAAUUCAGCAGACGCUUUCACCAUUUUGCCACGAGGACCAUAACACGUAUUUCUUAUAGAAAAGAUUUAAAAACACUUGUUAAGUUUUAUACAAAUAUAAUAACAAAACUGUUUUUAUUGUUGUAAUACAAAUGAUUAAAUUUACUUAGACAUUGUAUAUAUUCAAGUCAUGAACAA